AAAUUUGCUCAAUCGAUGCAGCUUCUGCUCCACACUGCACAUGUUUGUAAAUUAUCCAUGUAUUCAAUAUUUUGUUAUCUUUAUUAAUAUGCAAUAUUAGACAGUUGAGUUUGUAUCCGGACGCUUGCUUUACUGGUCUUCUGAAAUCUCAUCCCAAGAAAUAAUAUCCUUUGACGUCAUGGGGGAGGUUGAGUUGUCCUGUCUCGCCUAUGUGAAGAUGUACCUGCACGCCUGUCUGUUUCCACGGUGCAGUGUCAAUGGGCUGCUGUUGUCAUCCAGCCCAGCAGGUGGCGCUGUGUGUGUGACAGACUGCGUUCCCUUGCUUCACACUCACCUACCAUUGGCUCCCAUCACCCAGCUGGCUCUCACACAGGUGGAUGUAUGGUGUGCACAGACACAGCAGAGGAUUGUAGGAUACUACCAAGCCAAUGCCUGUGUGUCAGACAGCAGCCCUACGCCAUGCGCGUUGAAGAUUGCAGACAAGAUCGCCGAGCAGUGUAACAAUGCAGUUUUGUUAAUGAUUGAUGGUGGAAAGAUGUCUCCUGACUACAGGGUGCCUCCCAUCGUGAUGUAUGAGCGAAAAGAUACCCGCUGGACCCUCAAAGACAAACACACGAUAAUGCUGCAGCAGUGGGAGGAGACUCGGGACAUAGCCAGUCAGCUGCUGGACUCUGGAGAUCACUCGUUAUUAGUUGAUUUUGACAGCCAUUUGGACGACAUCACUAGGGACUGGACAAAUCAGAAACUGAAUGCCAAAAUAGCAGAGCUUGCCUCACCAGCCAAUGGUAAUGUUUGAAAUAAGCUUGUAGAUAACUAACUUUUGAGUUACAUCUUUAAAAUGUAAAUAAAGUUGGAAUUAUAUACAGUAUGUCUUAAACCUGCUGAAACUACA